UCCCUGCGCGCCCCGGCCCGUCUGCACGAGCGCGCUGGUCUCCAUGACGCCUGGGUCCGGGAGACCCCUGCUGGCUGGAGCCCGCAGCGCGACGUGGAGCUGUGACCGGGCCGCACCCCCUCGUCGCCGUCUACCUCGAACUGAGCUCGACCUCUCCCCAAGCACGCCCGAUGCCUCGUUUUCCCCUGGCCUCUUUCCGGCCAUCAGUUUGGGGACUGAGGUGCCCCCGGGGCCGCCCCAGGUCCCAGCCCCUUUCUACGCAGUCUGAGAUCCCGGGCACUGCCAUUUCGCGGAGGAACCGCGAAGCUAAACAGAAGCGCCUGCGGGAGAAGCAGACGGCGCUGCAGGCUGGGCAGGCCGGGAAGAGCCAGUCACAUGCAGAACCCUCUAAGGUCUGGAGUCCUAAGGAGAUAGUACUCUAUGAAGUCCCCACGGAGCCCGGUGAAAAGAAAGAUGUCUCCCGACCACUGCCUCCUGCUUACAGUCCCCGAUUUGUUGAGGCCGCAUGGUACCCGUGGUGGGUGCGAGAGGGCUUCUUCAAGCCAGAAUAUCAGGCAAAGCUGCCCCAGGCUACAGGGAAGACCUUUUCCAUGUGUAUACCACCGCCGAAUGUCACUGGCUCUCUGCACAUUGGCCAUGCCCUCACAGUGUCCAUACAGGAUGCCCUUGUGCGCUGGCACCGGAUGCGUGGGGAUCAGGUCCUGUGGGUCCCUGGCACAGAUCACGCAGGAAUUGCUACACAAGCUGUGGUGGAGAAACAACUGUGGAAGGAGCGGGGAGUGAGGAGGCACGAGCUGAGCCGAGAGGACUUCCUUCGGGCCGUGUGGCAGUGGAAGGAGGCGAAAGGAGGAGAGAUCUGUGAGCAGCUGCGUGUUCUGGGUGCCUCCCUAGACUGGGGUAGAGAGUGCUUUACCAUGGAUGCUGGCUCCUCAGCAGCUGUCACGGAAGCUUUUGUACGGCUCCACAACGCGGGGUUGUUGUACCGGAACUGUCAGCUUGUCAACUGGUCGUGUGCCUUGAAAUCGGCCAUCUCAGAUAUUGAGGUGGAGAGCCGGCCUCUGACUGGCCGCACGGAACUCCGGCUUCCUGGUUGCCCCACUCCUGUGUCUUUUGGCCUCCUUGUUUCUGUCGCUUUUCCUGUGGAGGGAGAGUCUGAUGCAGAGGUCGUGGUGGGAACCACAAGGCCAGAGACUUUGCCUGGAGAUGUGGCCGUGGCAGUGCACCCUGAUGACCCUCGGUAUGCGCAUCUACAUGGGCGACAGCUUCAACACCCCUUGACUGGGCAGCUUCUCCCCCUCAUCACAGACAGCGCUGUUCAGCCACAUGUGGGCACAGGUGCUGUGAAGGUGACACCAGCUCACAGUGCUGCUGAUGCUGAGAUGGGGACGCGGCAUGGCUUGAGUCCCCUGAGUGUCAUUGCAGAGGAUGGGACCAUGACCUCCCUCUGUGGGGACUGGCUACAGGGACUUAACCGAUUUGUGGCCCGGGACAAGAUAGUGUGUGCUCUGAGGGACUGGGGCCUGCUCCGGGGCCUCCAGGAGCAUCCCAUGGUGCUUCCCAUCUGCAGCCGUUCCGGGGAUGUGGUAGAGUACCUGCUGAAGAGCCAGUGGUUUGUCCGCUGCCAGGAAAUGGGAGACCGAGCUGCCCAGGCUGUGCAGUCGGGGUCCCUGCAGCUCUGUCCCUCCUUCCACCACAAGAGUUGGCAGCACUGGUUUGCCCACAUUGGGGACUGGUGUAUCUCCCGUCAGCUUUGGUGGGGCCAUCAGAUACCAGCCUACCAGAUUGUUGGGGACCAUGUGGAGGGUGACUGUUGGGUGGUUGGGCGGUCGGAGGCCGAGGCCAGAGAAGUAGCAGCUGAGCGGACGGGGAGACCAGCUGCGGAGCUCGUGCUGGAGCGGGACCCUGAUGUCCUGGACACGUGGUUCUCUUCGGCACUUUUCCCCUUUUCUGCCCUGGGCUGGCCCCGAGAGACCCCAGACCUUGCUCGUUUCUACCCACUGUCACUUUUGGAGACGGGCAGUGACCUCCUGCUGUUCUGGGUGGGCCGUAUGGUCAUGCUGGGGACCCAGCUCACAGGGCAGCUCCCCUUUAACCAGGUGCUUCUUCAUUCCAUGGUUCGGGACAGGCAGGGCCGGAAGAUGAGCAAGUCCCUGGGGAAUGUGCUGGACCCACGGGACAUCAUCAGUGGGGUGGAGCUGCAGGAGCUGCAGGCCAAGCUGAGGGACGGGAACUUGGACCCUGGAGAGCUGGCCAUAGCCUCAGCAGCACAGAAAAAGGACUUUCCUCAUGGAAUCCCCGAGUGUGGCACAGAUGCCCUGAGGUUCACACUGUGCUCUCACGGAGUCCUGGGGGGCGACGUGCACCUGUCAGUCUCAGAGGUCCUGAGCUGCCGUCAUUUCUGCAACAAGAUCUGGAAUGCCCUACGCUUUGUUCUCAAUGCCUUGGGUGCGAAUUUUGUACCCCAACCAGUCAAGGAGCUGUCUCCCUCCUCCCCCAUGGAUGCUUGGAUCCUCAGCCGCCUGGCCUUUGCUGCCCAUGAAUGUGAGCGUGGCUUCCUCAACCAGGAGCUCUCACUCGUCACCCACACGCUGCACCAUUUCUGGCUCCAUGAUCUCUGUGACGUCUACCUGGAAGCGGUGAAACCAGUGCUGUCGCAUAGGCCCUGCCCCCCGGAUCCCCCUCAAGUGCUGUUUUCCUGUGCAGAUGUUGGUCUGCGCCUCCUUGCCCCACUGAUGCCCUUCCUGGCAGAAGAGCUCUGGCAGAGACUACCUCCGAGGCCAGGUGGUCCCCCUUCACCCAGCAUCUGUGUGGCCCCCUACCCCAGUGCCCACAGCCUGGAGCCCUGGCACCAGCCUGAGCUGGAACAGCACUUCUCUCGAGUUCAGGAGGCUGUGCAGGUGCUGCGGUCCCUCAGAGCCACCUACCAGCUCACCAAAGCCCGGCCCCAAGUGCUGGUGCGGAUCUCGGAGCCAGCAGAGCAGGGCCUCUUUCAGGCCUUCCUGGAGCCCCUGGGUACCCUGAGCCGCUGUGGGGCUGUGGGGCUCCUGCCCCCAGACACAGCUGCUCCCUCUGGUUGGGCUCAGGCCUCACUAGGAGACUCUGUUCAGAUCCUCAUGGAGCUACAGGGCCUGGUGGACCCCCAGAGCCAGCUUCCUCGGCUAACUGCCCAGAGGCAAAAGUUGCAGAAGCAGCUUGACAGCCUCUUGGCCAAGGCCACAUCAGAAGGGGAGGCAGAACGGCAGCAGAGGCUUUCCUCCCUCCGCCUGGAGUUGUCCAGGCUGAACCAGGCAGCUUCUCACCUCCAACAGCUGAUAGACAAGGCGCCCAUCACUAGGGAGCCCUGAGCUCUGACUCACAUUCCAGACCUGGCUUUGAGGACAGUGGAUCUGGCCACUGGGACCUCAGACGUGGCCCGGUUCACCUUUGUCAUUUCAUAAUAGUAGAAGCAGGCCAGGCAUGGUGGCAAUCACCUUUAAUCCCAGCAUUUAGGAGGCAGAGGUAGGAGGAUUGCCAUGAGUUCGAGGCUACCCUGAGACUACAUAGUGAAAUCCAGGUUAGCCUGAGCUAAAGUGGAACCCUACCUUGAGAAACCAAAAAAAAGGAAGCAGAUGGCUUGGUGACCAGGACUGUGGCAUUCUCCACUGCACAUGUUCCUGCUUCCCCCUCUGUGCAGGCCCAACUGGCAGAGAUUCGGAUAAACUUAAAGAAUCCCAGCA